GCUAUAACACUUGUAUACUGAAUCACACGAUACUACAACACUUAUUAAAAGAUAUGGGGAAAGUAUCGUUUGGGUUUUUGGGUUUGAUGCUUGUACUGGUGGUGAUUGGGGUUGUGGAGAGUAGAAGGCUUGAGAAGGAGACGUUAGGAGGUGGUGGUGGUGGACUUGGCGGUGGCUUUGGUGGUGGGAAAGGUUUUGGUGGAGGAAUUGGUGGCGGUGGAGGUGCCGGUGGAGGUUUUGGUGGUGGUUUAGGUGGAGGCCAUGGUGGCGGUUUAGGAGGUGGCAUUGGUGGAGGCCACGGUGGAGGUAUUGGUGGUGGUGCUGGAGGAGGUGCCGGUGGAGGAGGAGGUAUUGGUGGUGGUGCUGGAGGAGGUGCUGGUGGAGGUAUUGGUGGUGGUGCCGGAGGAGGUGCUGGUGGUGGUUUAGGAGGAGGUGCUGGUGGAGGACUCGGAGGAGGUGCCGGUGGAGGAGGAGGUAUUGGUGGUGGUGCUGGAGGAGGUGCUGGUGGAGGUAUUGGUGGUGGUGCCGGAGGAGGUGCUGGUGGUGGUCUAGGAGGAGGUGCUGGUGGAGGACUCGGAGGAGGCCACGGCGGAGGUAUUGGUGGUGGUGCCGGAGGAGGUGCUGGUGGUGGUCUAGGAGGAGGUGCUGGUGGUGGUCUAGGAGGAGGUGCUGGUGGAGGACUCGGAGGAGGCCACGGCGGAGGUAUUGGUGGUGGUGCUGGAGGAGGUUCUGGUGGAGGUAUUGGUGGUGGUGCCGGAGGAGGUUCUGGUGGAGGUAUUGGUGGUGGUGCUGGAGGAGGUGCCGGUGGAGGACUUGGAGGUGGUGCUGGUGGUGGCGGUGGUCUUGGCGGAGGACAUGGUGGAGGUUUUGGAGGUGGUGCCGGUGGGGGAGUAGGCGGCGGUGCUGGAGGAGGUGCCGGAGGAGGAUUUGGUGGGGGAGCUGGCGGUGGUGCUGGUGGAGGUGCAGGUGGAGGAUUCGGUGGUGGUGCAGGAGGAGGUGCUGGUGGAGGAGCUGGUGGAGGAUUUGGUGGUGGUGGUGGUGCAGGCGGAGGUCACGGUGGAGGUGUUGGCGGAGGAUUUGGUGGAGGAUCGGGCGGAGGCUUUGGUGGAGGAGCUGGCGGAGGUGCUGGUGGAGGAUUCGGUGGUGGUGGUGGUUCUGGUGGUGGAUUUGGCGGUGGAUUUUAAAUUCCAGUAAUUGUUCAUACAAAAUCUAUUCUUGGCUUGAACUAAGCUAGGGCUAGUUACUUAUGUACCAAGUCAUACGAAAAGAAAAGUAUAUCAUAUUU